UGGGGUGUACAAUCCUGAGUGAAUGGAAAGAGGCAGGGUGAGAAGGAGAGUACGAGAAAGUGCCAGGAGGUAAUACGAGGGAGGGAUGGGGGGGUAAGGGAGUAGAGGAAGUGUGCAGGGGGGGGAUGAGCUGGAUGCAGAUGGGGAUCUAUUCUCUCUGCACACGCAGACAAGAUGGAAAUGAGUGGCCGUCUGUGACGUCAAUCAGUGUAGACACAUGCACACACACACCCGCAUACACACGCUGAGACACUCCCCUCCUCCAAUAGUCCCAUGCUACUACAUGCUUCAGUGCAAACAGCAGCAGUGCCACAGAUCACAGUCAUAAACAUCAGCACACACAAACAGCCCCCACCACCACCACCACCCCUCAUCAAAUACAGCAGCAGUACACACAGACACGCAGAUCUGAGUCUUAUCUCUGACCUGGCAUAUGAUGUCAGGCUCUCUCAUUCAUACAGUGAUAAAGAGUAAACCAUUUCCAUGCCAGAAGAAGAAUUAGUCAUCGGAUAAAACAACCUUCAAAGUUUUCACUUAUAGGCAAACAUGAAGCAUAAGUCAUAAAACCUGAGAGUCUGGAGAAAUUGUGAUCACACAGGAAUAAACCCAAAAGGUUGGAAUAAAUCCACAGACCUCUGAUUUUCCUAUUCCACUUGUAAAAGUACAAGCGAGUGUGAAGAUGCUGUGGGUACUCUUAAACCAUGAGCACCUCCAAGUUUUGGCUUCAAGGACUUCCAUUUCAGAAUCUAAAUGUUUCCUGUGGUGGUUGUUGUUUGUUUUUCCAGUGGGGUCUGACAUCCUGAGUAUAUGAUGCAAAUCAAGCCAAUAACAUCCAGGGAUAGUUUAUUUUUUAAUUAAAGUUACUUACUCAGCUCUUUAUUUGAGUCAGUCACAAAUCACAGAGGAAGCAGGUAAGCUGUAUUGGGUAUUAAAUGAAUUACUGGGAAUACUUAAUCUUGUUCUUUUGCCCAUUGGUACCUCUUUUUUUGUAUACCAAAUGAAAGUGAAGAGGAAAAAAACCCUUUAUCUUUCUUUGAGUGAAAGUACAAAGCUGUGAAAAAUACAUUCAAAUCAACAAAAAGGCAAUAAAUUAUAUUCCACCACUGCUAAUCCAAGUGUACUGGGAUUUAAUGAGGGGGUUGACACAAUUUAAUGUUACACCUCCAUGGAGUGGAUGAAUGUUGUUUUGAAACUGAAUUGACAAAGCACUUUGUAACACAUGGCAUGACUCAAACUAAAGCUUGGAUGAUUUUUAAAAGUUCCUUAAGGAUAUGCAAGUACAGUCUUAGCUUGUGGGAGUACUUAUUUGACUCAUGACAAACAAAGUAAUCUGUGCUGGUACACCAACUCCUAAACUUCACCCCAGCCAGCUUCACCACAGCUGAGUUGCAUCUCUCUAUGAAUUGUUCCUCCCUCUGUAAAUCUGCUCAUCUGUCCGCUUGAGUGGUCUCCUCUUAUGUAAGUUUGCAUCUUUGUCACAUGGCUGACAUUAUGGUCCAUUAUGCUGCAUUUAGUUUGCGUUAUAAACAAAGCGAGGUCUCAGUGACCCGAUAGCUCCUGAAUGAAUGAAUUGAAUAUCAAGCAAACAGAAGGCACAGACUCCUAUCAGGGAACAACAUCACAAUUUCCCACCAUUUUCUGCGUCACUGAACAGUGUGAAAAGUGAAGUUUUGGUUAGGGCCUUACACUUGGAGCCUAAUAAUAGCACAGGCACAUGCUGCAUUUGUGAGUGACACACCAAGAUGUUUGAUGGACAGGUUCGAUUCCUCAGGGGUCUCUGAUCCAGGCUCCAUGUAUGGCAUGUAUCAGCAACUUCGCCUUUAAGAAAUCACCCAUCCAUGUCACAGAGUCGUGACGACACACACUUCUAUCUAGAGAAAUGAAAAACUAUUUUUGAAACACUCCACACUGCCUCCCCAAUUUGGCUGUUAAGGAUGAAUUAACAGAUAGAGUAAGAGUGCAUCAAUUUCAGUGUGGGGGUGGUGUGUGUGUUUUUCUGAUGAGUGGGGACUGGAUGUGUGAGUGUGUGUGUGUAUGUGUGUGUGUGUGUGUGUGAGUGUGUGUGUGUAUGUGUGUGUGUGUGGCAUAAGAACUAAAGAUGCAGCAGCCACUUUGCCUUGCCAAUUGCUCUAUUUCUUUGAGUAGAAUGGUUUUCUUGGCUGUUUUUCAUCAAGGUUUUUAUCCUGUUGUACCCUCAGCUGGAAGAGGACUGAGUCAUAGCCGUCAAGGAAGCAGGUGGGUGGGAGUCAUACAGUGGGUGGGGUGGAGGAUGUGGGUGGUACAGGUUCAGGAGGGAGACGUUGUAGUGAUUCAGAAAAAUAUGAAUGGAUCAUACUAUGCAUCUUUUCUAUUACCUUGUUUUAUGAGGCACCAAAACAGUAAUUAUCCCCUUAAAGGAUCAUUAACCCCCCCUCGAAUAUAAUGGCUUUGUAGUGUUUUCAAUAGCACAUUCACUGAUGUUUGAACCAGCUCUCACUUGAUAUUUCACCACUCUCACUUGAUAUCUUAAAUAAACUGCUAAUCAAUGGGUGGAUGCAGAGGAAUUCAUUUGGACAUAAAAAUGAGCAGAAGGUGGAAUAAAUUAAAUCACUUCACUCUUCAGAGCCGCAUGCUUCAUGACUGAAGCCUCUUCUAACCCCAACUUGAUGUAUUUGUUUUCAUCAACUCUGCUGAGAAAUUAUGCGCUCAAAAAACUAAAAAUUUUAAAAAAUUGUACACCAAAUAUUUUGUUUUUAACCUGUGAGAGAUUAUAGAGUGAUACCAAAUGGUCAUAAAGUCACGCUGAAUGCGUUGGCCAGAGCAGAUAAGGCACAGAGUGACAGAUGUGUGGGUGACGUUCUCUUUUUGUCUCUGUGAGUUUUAAACUGUUUGUUGAGGGUGGAUGGGUGGGCAGGCCAUUAGGAGAAUUGAUGUGCGUGUAGCUGUGUGUAUGUGUGCACACACUCCAACAUAAAUGUAUGUGUGCUCCUGCUCUCUCUAACAUCACUGCUGUCGUCACUGCAGCCACCUCACAGUGACUCCCCUGUGACUGAAGGCCUGACAACCUCCCACGCUCUCCCCAUCAACUCCCUUGCUCCUACUCCUCUCCCCUCCCUUUAUCUGUACCUUGCCUCCCCACUCACUUUUAGUCCUUGGCUUUGUCUCCCCCUCAGUGCUAUUUUCUCAUCCAUUUAUCUCUGUCUACUAUCUUUCUCUUUUGUUUCACCCACCUCCUUCUCUCUCUCUCUCUCUUUUUUUUUUUGCUUGUUUUCAUCUCUCACCCCCUCAUUUGGUGUGUGGGUCUUCCCUGUCUUCAGUCAUGCUCUCUGCGCCCACUGCGCUGCCUGUUUCUGUCUCUAUGGAAACCCUGAGUGGACAAGACUGGCUUAGAGGUCUGCAAGACGCUGAUACAGACCCUAUUAGAUCACACGCUCGCAUUCUCUCCCAGAGAGCCACACGUUUUAAAUAUUGGGCACACAAGCGCAAACCCAUACUGUGUGAAAAUUAAUGGUGUGUCACACAAAAAUACUGUGAAAAUGCCUAAUUUUCCCUCGUGCCUACGACUUCUCAAUGGUGUGAAGUGGGAGGAAAGGAUGGAGGCAGUGAUAGAGUAAGGAGGGAACCCUUUUGUUGGAUUAUAAUGUUGUUGUUUUUUCAAUUACAUGGUGAUAAAGGAGACCACUUGCACAUAUUUUCACCUCCAGACACACAAUCAUGUGCACAAACGCCCCCUGGCCCUCUCGUGUUCUGACUCCCCUCUCAGUCUCACACCUCACAAACCAUAUUCUCCUCACAUUAGCACAUUGUUGAGUCUGCUGUGUUGCGUAAAACGUGCGUCAUCCAGGUCCAAACAUAUCUAAAGGACAGGUUAUUUGUGAUUAGAGGCCUCACAGAGACAGAAUUUCACAGCUUUUGGUCGCUCUCCUGAGCAUCAUCGCGAUUUGACGGUCACGCUUAAGUGGAUCAAUGCAGAGCACAAUCAUGGGGAGGAAGCAUAAGCUGAGUAGCAUCAUUUUGGAGGAGAGUGCAUGGAGGAAUGAAUUAGAGAGGAGCAAAAAAGAGGAGAAAACGCUGCUGUCGGAAAUCUUCUCCUUUCUGAGGUGAAGACUUAUUUUGAAAAACAUUCAACACUCACAUCUGUAGAUUUUUGAGUUUUUGUUUAUUUUAUCAAAAUAUACAUGAAUAAACUACAACAAAAGACUACAUUAAAGAAGACAUCAAAAUGGGCAGCAAUAACAGGGGUCAAAAACAGAACACAUACCCAACCCAGACCGGAGCCCACCCCAUUAACACCCCAGUGCAGUGAGAUAAAGACAUGCCAAUGAUGUCUCACAUUUAGGCACUUGAUUUUCCCUACCGAACCAUCUUUGGUCAUAGUUGCUGUUGCACGGCUUUGAACUGAGAUUCAAACAGGUCUGAGGUGGAUUUGAACUUGAUCCAUGUUGAUUCUGACGGAGCGAUUUAGAGGAUGCUGACUUGUUGGAUGACUUUCAAUGUACUUCCUUUAAUUUUGUUGGAUUGACUCUGCAUCUGCCCUUUUUUUUAAGAGAUGACCCAAAGAUGGUUUUAACCUGACCACCUCCAUAGAGUACACUUUAGCAUCAAAAAAUCAACACUAGAUAGUACAGUACUUCACAUGAUUACAGAAGAGACUCCACAAGGGAAAAGAAUCAAGCACUACAUCUGAACACAAUACCUGAAAACAAUGCAGUUGAUCCGCACAAGAUAUACUGUAAUCAAUAUGCUGUACAGUCUAUUGCAAAGGCAAUGUAGUUGGCAUUUUUCUGUAGGAACUAACCAGUCUGAUUAACACUGAGUAUUUUCUUGGAAAGUCUUGCAAAAAUAGAUCAAUUUUUAUUAAAUUAAAAGCCUUUGCUCUGACUUCAGGGUGUUAUCUAUGUAUUAAGCUACUCAUGCAUUGUAUUAAUGUGCAUACAGUAUACUGUAUGUAUGCCUGCUCAUGUGUGUGUAUUUGUGUUGUGCAUGCAUGAGAAUGUUCUGCUAAAAGUACUGUACAGACUUAUCCCUCCGUUUUUUUUCUUUAGAAUACACCCAUUUAGUAAAGGAUUAACAAAGUUACAUUAAACUGUUUAAGAAGCAUAGUAGUCACACAGUAUUUGGCAGUGAGAGAACAGUCCUAAUUUAUCCAUGCACGAUAUUAACCACAGGCAAGGUCCACAUUCUGAACAAACCCUUCAAGAACAACACAGUAAGAACAUGAAAAGAGUAUACAAGAUUUCAAGAACCUGGAAGUGUGUUUGUGGGUGUUUGUGUCUGUGUGUGUCCAUGUUUGUUUGUGAAUAUGUCUGUGCAUGUGUGUGAAUGUCAACAGCUCAGCUGGCUUCCUAAGAAGACCAAAGGGCUAUGACUCAUGCAGUGCAUACAGCAUUUUCUGGAAUUUGAACAAUAUCGGAAGAAUUAUUACUUUCCUACAAAGCCCGGAUAAUUACACAUAAUCAUGUUAGAACCUUACAGAGAACAUGGGGAGUUUACUGAAAACCUGAUCAUUCCCACCCCCAUAGGUCUAUUAUAGACCAAACACUUAAUCCCUGGAUUGCAUUUCCAUUCAACAGUUUCCCUUCAAGGCAAGCACCUCCCUCCUUGACUGUAGGUUUGAUGUGAUUACAUGUGUGUUUGUAUGUCUCAGACUAGUCCGGUCUGUGUAUGCAGGUGCAGCGGGUAUGGUUGGUAAAGCAGAGUUGAUCCCCCCUGUGGUAUGUAGUAACUGCAGUAGCUGGGUUCUGCUAAAUAGGGAGCACUGUGCUCAGCAAGGUAUGGAGCAGGCUGGUAGAAGCAUGUCACAUGGUCUGUGUUGGGGAUAAUGUUCUGCUCGCCUAGAACCUUCAGUGCCAGCACUGUGAUCAUGUUCAGUGUCUGACGUCGCUCAUGUCCCAUCAGACACACAGUGCUGUCAUCAACCACACGGCGCAGUGUCAUCAGGUACUGGUACUUGCUUCUUUCCUCUCCGAUAAAGUGGUUCUUCAAGUAGGACAGGAUCUUCCUCUGUUGCUCCUGCACAUCAGGAAAAUCGAUGAAAAAGCGUGAGCACAUGUAGCGCUCCAAUGUCUUUAUCUGAGUCUCGCUGGCAGGGCGGUAGUCCCUGACCAGCAGGUUGCUGUAUUUCAACAGGCCACCACCUCGAAUUUCCUCAGGGUUUCUUGUAGCUAUCAGACGGUAGCGCAGGUGGUCCAUGGCUGCCUCAAAGUCACCAUACAUGCUCUCUGCCAAGACUUCAACGGCAGGGACCACACUGCAUGCCUGGGGACCGUUGCUCUGUUCAGGCAUGUCUGCUGGUACCUUGGGGGCCUCUUUGUUCUCAAGCAUGGAGCUGGAUACCUCAUCUGCUGGUGGAAUAGCAAAUUCCUCUGGGUUUUCAGCCUGACAGUGAGGCAGCACAUGUGAGGUUGGGUUUGGGAUUGUGAUUGGAAAAGAGACAGGCUCUGCAACCUGAGGCAAUGAUGAGAUAAAAUCUGGUUCUUUUUUAUCCUCCAACACUAGGAGAGGAAUUCCUGGCUGAGGGGAGGCCUCGGUAACUGGUUCCUCGCUGUCUGCGCUCAGCAUCAAAGACUCUAUGUCUGACGAUACCUGAGGUACAAAGUCCUCUGACUCAACUGGAGGAGUGAGACAGAGGAGGGGUGGGCUGAGGCAGGGAGACGGCGGGCUGAGACAGAGUGGAGGGGGGCUGAGGCUAAGCAUGGGAGGGGUCAGGUAAGGAGGUGAGCUGAGGCAGGAUGAGGUAGGACUGACACUCAGGGGCGGAGAGCUAAAGCUAGUAGCGGGGCUGACAGUGCUCAUCACCGAAGACGAGAAGCAGUGAGAGGGAGGGGUGGCACACUGAGGGGGGCUGAGGCUUGGGGGCGAGGGAGUGAAGCAGGGUGGGGAAAGACUGAGCACAGGAGGGAGGAGACAGGAAACAGGAGGGGUAACACAGUCAGAGGAAGAUGAUGAACUAAGUGUGGUCUCUUGAGAGUUUUCAUCUGCCUGAUCCAAGCCCAACUUUCUGGUUUGUCUGUCAUCCUCACCACUGAGCUCAGUUUCUGAGGUAUGUGCAGGAUCUUGUGUGGCUGUAUUGAACAUAUCAGUGUGUGAAACUAAUGUUUCCUCUGGGUCAGGAGGCUCUGAUUGUUUGGGUUCAGGGACAGGUUCUCUAGGGGAGGUCUGGCUCUGCUCUUCAGAAGCCACAUGAGUAGACUGAGUCUCCUCUAAGCCCUGAAUACUUGUCUCAUCUGAACUCUCUGAGAUCAACUGAGGAAGCUGUAGCUCUUGAGGUAAAGCAGACAUGGGACCCACAGAAGGGGGAGAUAUAUCAGGGGCAGGAUCAGGAGCUGAGGUAAGAUCUAGAUUUGAUGGAAGGUUGGGUUCAGGCCUGGGGUCUGUUUCAUCAGACACACCGGCUGUUGGGGUAGUGGUAGGGUCUGAACUUGGAGUUGUUCUCUUGGAAUUAAAGUCAAUACCAGGUUCAGAGCAGAGGUUUGAAUCUAGACAGGUAUCUUGAACAGAAUCACUGUCAGGAAAUGGACUGGGGUAUGGACUGGGGGUAACUUUCCUGCACAUCCUCCGUGGAGGUUUAGGAGAAGAGUGUUUGAGCACUACCAUGUAAGACAGACGAUCUGUGGCCUUACAAGAAGAAGAAGAAGGAGAAGAGGUCUUUUUGUCAGAAACAAGGCUUGGUGGUGCAGAUAAAAUAUCCUGAGUAUCUGGAGGACUGAGGGCAUCAAGUGUUUUAGGUGUUUUAUCUGGAGAGUCAUCUGUGUGAAGUGUGCUGUAAAUCUCCUGUGCGUCCUGUGUGCCAGGAGGCUGUGUGUUGUGAGGUGUAAGAGACAUGGAGGAGUUGGAGCAGGAGCGAUCAAUACCCUCGGUGUCCUCUACAUUUUUUGCUUCUGAUGCGGAAAUCUCCUCUGCCAUUUCACUGAUUUCGGUAUGAUUUUUGCUCUCUGUCUGUUCCUGUGUCUCUGUCUCAACUUCGCUUUCAUCUGCUGGCUGUGUCUCUAUCUUUGCAUGUAAAGAUGUGCUCGAGUCUGGAGUAGAUACAUACGGUGUUUUAUCUGUCUCAUUUCUGCUCGAAUCCUCAGUGAGACAAUUAGAGAAGUCUGUGCUGUGCAAUUCUGCAAGAUUUAGUGACUCUUCCUGGGUUUCAUUGGAGGAUUUUGGCGACUCAGUCUGUUCUGUGUGCUCUGUGAGUUCUCUCUCUUCAUCGGGGGGUUUCUGGUCUGUCAGAACAGACAGUUCCUCGUGAUCUGAGUGUGGUGGUUGUUGGAUAUCACAGGGCUCAGUUUGCUCUACAUUUGCCAAGUUUUUAUUUUUUUCCAACAACUGAGGCCCGUGUCUGAGUUCAGUCUGAGUUGGUGGUUCAACUUUCUCUGAGUUUUGCUUCUUUUCUGUUAAAAGGUUAAGGGAUGUCUGGUCAGGGGAGUCUGUCUCACUGAGGUUUUCUUUGUGUUGUGAUGAUCCUUCCAGAUCCACAGAUGUUUCUACUUUUUUGUCUUCUUCAACUUCAGUGUGUUUUGUUUGGUUUGAAUGUUCAGUUUGAUGCGAGAGAUCUGUCUGGGACUCCUUUUCAUGCACCUUGUCUUUCUGAAGUGUCAGACUGGGUGGGGUCUUGUCUUUGCUGGGUAAGUCCCUACCAGUCUGGCUCUCUGUUUCUGAACAGCUGGCCUGUUUAAGGAGAGAGGGAGAGUCUUUAUGCUCUUUCUCGGUCUGCUGGUCUGCAGGCCGGUCUUUGAGCUCGCCAGUUUUGUUUUUGUGCCUUGAGUCCUGCUGCAUGUAGGUCUCCAAGAGACGAUCCAGAAUGAUCUGGAAGGAAUCAACACUGAACUCAAACUGCCGCCUUAGCGCGCUCACAAAUUUAAGCUCGAGGUUUUUCCCGCUGUUAUUUGACAGUGAGAUGAGACUCCAGCGGUCAUGUUCAUUGAAGACUUUGACCAUUUUCUGGACAUAGGCCUCCUUCAUAGUGGCACAGCUGAUCCUCUCCCUGUUGACCCCAGCAGGUAAACAGUCCAGCAAGCAGCCCAGCACUGACUCUUUGAUCACCUGGGAGGAGAAAUUGACAACAUGACUGAUGAUUGCAAUCUGAAUGUAUUGUUACUUUUAUUAUUGAACUGAUAAUUGUAGUGCUUGCAUGAUUUAGCUUUUCUGUUCAUUAAGUAUAUUAAAACCAAUAUUAUUGAUUCAACAUUUUCCGUGUACAACAGCCAAAUUGUGGUUAGGACAUCGAGGUGGCAACACAUAAUCAAUACUGCAGCACCUUGGAGAUACAAUGUUGUGCUUCAGAAUAAUACAGACAAAUGAAUGGCUGUCAGUGGGAAUGAACUCCAGUGCUCAGCUGUUAUUACACGCAGCUGCUCUUCAAGCAGGACAGUAAUCAUACCUGGAACUCCUCCUGGCUGGGCAACUCAACCCCAAAGAUGAUGUCCAGGUCUUUGUAGCUCGUUCCACUGUCUCUGACGAGGACGUGACUGGCCGUAGAGCCGUUCAGACGCACAUCUCUCACUGUGAUUCCCUGCUUCUGAAGCCUGGCUCGCACAGCUAUGAUUAUGUCUCGAGGACGCAGCUCCAAUGUUGGAAAGUUUCCCCGGCCGUGGAUUGGAACAACUUCGGACAAAACUUGAUGGAGAACCUCCACCUGCUCAGCAUUUAGGCUGUGGAACCGCUGACUGACUUUGGUUUCAGACAUACUGUUGCCCUGAAAGGAGAGGGAGGAGGACAUCAGUGAGAGUUUAUUCUAACUCCCUUUCUAUCUGUUACACACACACACACACACACACACACACACACACACACACACACACACACAGAGCACUCACUCACACUCAUAUGCACACUCCCUGCCAGUCUGCUGUCUGUAAGUCACAGCUUGGCUGACAGCUUUUCCACAAUGCUAAUGUAACUGCUGUGUUGACAAGAUGACACAUGGUGCGAUACACAUAGAUGUGCUCUGCAUAAAUACGCCCCCCCGACUGACCAGGUCACAACCAAGUAUUUGCUCUAUAUAAAUGACAGAAAACAAACCCAAGCAAUAUUAAAAAUUUAAUACAAUACAUUCUUGCAAAACUUAAACAACUGAAAAAUCCUACUAAUCUACUGAUUUAAAAUGACUUUUCAGGAUAUUAUAAUAAUGAAUAUGACAAUGACAUGCAAAGGCAAGCAGAAUCUUUGUUUAUUGAUUGUUUCCACCAGAGGAGCAAGGGUUAAGCCGAAUGAGUCAUCACCGGCAGACUGCAUUAAUCACACCAACAUCACUAAUUAAAGACACACAUCUGUUUUUGUGUCUGAGUGCACCACAUGAUAUGUAUAUACACUACAAACAAAGACUCCCCCUCACAUUCACGGGAGCACAGGAAAGCGGUAACUUAACAUCAUUGUAAAUUGUUACACAAAUUGGAACAAAGUGGGGUUUGAUAUCAGCCAAUUAUUUUCAUUUGGCUGGUCCGUGUAAUCUUUCAGGCAGUUGCGUAAAAUUCUUUACAUUCAGGGUGCAUCAGUCAAUCGGCACAAACUAGACCCAGCUUUCACCAAACAAAGAAUCUGCAUCACUGAGUCAGUCUGUAGAGUCUGUUAUGUUUGUGCAAGUGCAAUUGUAGGUGCACAAAAAGUGUUUCAGAGAGCCUGUGCUUGUAUUUGAGUGUGCAACUGUGGUUCAUAGCAGCCCAUUAUGAUCUAUUGUUUGCUCGAAUCAAUGGAUGUCACUCAGUGCUACAGCUGAAUGCUGCUGAUUGCUAUGAUUUGUCAAUACAAGCAAGGUAAACACUGUGAUACUAAUGAGCAGUAAUGCGAUGCUUUCUGGUAAGUUUGUCUGACAUCUAAGUGCUAUCGUCUGCAACAACCGCAAACAAUCUAUCAAAGAGAGUGUCUAUAAACUGUCUAAUUCAUGCUGCACACAUUUCAACAGUCACUUAAGGGCAGCACUUUACUCAAUAGCAGUUAAAGAGGAGUACCUGUCUGCUCACUCAAAAACAACAGAGAACACUUACCAGUAGACACUGAAGUUAAGUCUGAGAACACAUAACUCCUAAAAAACACUGCCAUGGAUGAGACAUCUGUUUGUGUCCAGCUACAGCAAGGUAAAAUUCAAGUUGCAGGAGCACAACCAGAGGUGGUUAAUGUAGCCCCAGAUGUUGACACUGAUCAUACACACAAAGAAAAUGUUCUCGGGAGGCAGAGAAGCACUGCAGGACUGUUUUCCAGCUAUCCCCUGUAUCUCCCCCUCCCCUUCAGCACUCUUCUGCAAACUUGCAGCCUGAGUGACUCAUCCAGGCGUAUCGGCUCAGCACACAUAUAAUCCUUGGUCUCUGAAAACCCAACAAAUCAGAUUGUCUAAUAUGCAAAGAACUGAAUCUAAAUAUGUACAAACACUCACAGUGAGUCGGAGUUUCACCUUGUGAAAUCUAAAAGUAGUAUACUGGGGAAGAAUUACUGUGUCCUCUUAGAGCUAAUUUACCUAUGCAUGUCACUGACUUUUUCACAUGUUCUGGUUUUCACAUGUUCAAUGCCUACAUCUCCCCUUUCUCUUCUAUUCACCUGGACAAAUAUGAUUCAACUCCAAGAAGAUUUUUUAUAAAAAGUAACAAUUUCCAAGUUCAAGUGCAAUAAUUGUGGACCAAAUGCAUAAAAAAUCAGCUAUAACACAAGUGUGAUGUUUUCAAAGACUGCUUCUUCAUGUAUUUGGACACUAUUUUGUUUGUUAACUAUGAGUGUGGUUGUUUUUCUGUUUGAAUCGACCCUGUAUGAUGUUUUGUUUAGAAACAUUGAAAAUGGUCCAAAGCCAUGCUGCUGCUCACUCUAAUCACCUAAUCGCGCGCUUACUCACUCCUGAGAUACCAGGUGAGGCCAAUUAACCGCAAUUAAGUCCCUGGUGCGAUAACGGGUGGGUGUAAUUCCAAGCAAACACAUUAAAUACCAGUAUAGACACUUAAUGCAACCAACCAAAGUACUUUAGGGUACGUGGCGUUAUCGUCUUACCUGUUGCUGUGGCUUCUGACGGAGCUCCCGGCUCUACAGAAGAACUAAACCUUUAACAUCCACCGAGUUUCAGUUCUGCUGAGUCUCGGUCUCUCCUAUGGAAGGGGUUGUUUCUCCUCUAAAGUCCCUACCCACUCCGCUUAGUCUCGGUGCUGAUGCGACUCUGUCCCUUUCAAGGCAUGUGGGGCUAGAAGCUGCGCGCGAGUUCAUUCGGGCGCUGUCCAGGAGCUCGCGUGGUGCUGAAAUGAAGACUGGAAUGAGUCCUCGCGCUCUUGUUUUGUUCUCCGGCCGCCCGGAGCGUAACGCAGUUUCCAUAGCGACCUGCCGUCACUCAGUAAUGACUGGGAAGUGUGUGUGUAUCUGUGUGCACAACAGUCAUUGGCCACAACAAUGAUGGCUGAGUUGUGUGAUGUUGUGGUGGCGCGAGGGGGUUAAUAGGUUUAAAAAUAAUGUGUGUGUCCCCCUAAAAAACAACACUUUUCGAGCUAAAUAUAGAGCAGAGAGAGUGAGACCAUUAGGUAAAAACUUGAUCAUUAUCGCUGAAUCAAUAGCUUCUACAUUGGGAGUUGUUGAGGGACAGUUGGUUUAGCUGGAAGAGAAAAUAACACUUUUUAAAAUGUCUUUUCUGACUUUGUUUUUGUUUUUUUAUGUGAGUCAAAGCAGGCAAAAAUAUGCUGAAAUGUUGCCCUAUGUCUGCAUUAAAGGGAGUAUCUGCGUUCUGGUGAUGCUCUAAGUUUAUCACAGGGGCAGAAAAUCAAGGCAAACCCCUUUUAAGCCAAAAAAGGCCUCUUUUGUUUUGGGGCAACAUUUAUGAAACACUUCUCAUUUACUUCUUCAGUCCCCCCCACGCACACAUCAUUAUAGCCUACCUAGUGCUGUGUCCAUACAGAGUAUCAGCAACAGUAUGACUCAUCCAUGCUUCUCCCUCCCCCUGACCCAGCCGAUAAUCCCCCCCCCUACCCUACCCCCCAAUCCCAAGCCCCCUGUCACUGCCCGCUGUCCACACACAAACUGGAACCUCCUCCCUCUGUUGAAAACCACUGUUCUUGUUUGGUUGUAUUUUCUACCCUUUAUUUGUCCCCUUCAUUCCUAUAACAUCUCCCUGCAUGUUUUUUCCGAAAUGAAGAGAGCGGAAGAGGAUGAAAAAGUGUCACAGCUAACCGCGAGUACAAAAGGUCAAUUUACUCUUUCACCAAAAAAGCACAAAUGACGUCACUAGACGUGUACCACAACCUACCGAUACCGGGUACAAACUAUUUUUAGCCCUGGAUGGGAACUUGUCUGCUGUGGACACGCGUGCCCGUCCACUCCUCAAACAGCCGUGACGUAGGAGGCGCGAGCACGCCGUGCGAAAUCGUGACCGAGUGACGACGACAGAGAAAGGGAAUCAGAGCGGUCUCAUCCGAAGAUGACACGAGAUAUUGCGAUAGUUCACUGAUUGGAGUCGUUUUGAACCUCUCAACAUUUCUGCAAACUAGAGACGUGACAAUGGAUUCACACACCGGCUUAUAUUCUCUUAACUAUUUGCAAUUAUCUGUUUAGGUUUCACAAAUAUGCAUAUGUUGGCAAACUAUCCCUGGGAAAAAAAGGGUGAACGUCAUUGUACUGCGCAUGCGUUGUACAAGGGUGGAUUUAUUGUCUUAUUUGCUAAUCUAAUUUAUACACCAAUGAUUAUGAAAACCAAUAAAGCAUGUUUCAAUCACAUUCUGCAUAUGGUCUCAACGCACAAGUUUAAGUCAUUUUGGCCAAUACUAUGUCUAAAUAACCGAGCUGCCUGCUCGCGGAAGUACUCUCCGGUGAACCCUCUUGACUCACUACAGUAGCGAAUUUACGCGAGCUAGAAAAUUCAAAAUAAACAAUCCUGGGAGAUAAGUGAGUGUCCGGAUGCAACUCCGUUUGAGUACACAACCAGAAAGAGGAUCUGCUGCAGACAGAGACGUUCACCAUGCCCAACAUGGAGAGUAUCCUUUGCUGUGUUUGUCUGAGAUACAUAACGGUAAACGCUGAUACCUAGCUGUAGCGGUUGUUAGCUGUAGUGUGAUGACAGCUAGGUUAGGUGCAGUAAUGCUGCCCCGUUAUACUGUAAAGGGGAAAAGUAAUUGUUUGCCUUUUCACGAAGUAAUUUGAUGAAACAAUGAUUAUACAUUUACGACAUACAAAACAUCUUCCCAGCAUUGAUGUCGAGUGAUUUUCCAGUGUAUGAAUCAGUAGGAGAGAGUGGGGUAAGAUGAGUCAUUUUUCAUAUUUCAGAUCACUACAUCAAGACAAUCAUAGUUUUGUCUCUAACUAGUGUAUCUGUAUCUGCAAACCAACAGAAUGAGUGUAAACAUAAAAAAAGUGGUCUCCUAUGGUUAACUUACCCCACUCUUGACCCCAGCCCUCCCUCACCUUCUCUCUCCCUAAAUAACUUCACAUUCAUGUGUGUUUUUCAUCUAUUAAACACUAUUCAACUGGUCCAAAAAUUAUUAUUAUUGUUAUUGCAUAUAACUGCUAAAAAGCUGUUUUGUAAAAAAAGCCAUUUUAACAUGAGAAUGCCUUAAAGUGAUUCAGAACAUUCACAGCUUUAUAUUUGAAAAGACAAAGUAACACAUUUCAACAAUCUGAACUGAAACUCUGAUCCUCUCAUCAGACUCCUUUAUGGCUCAACUUACCCCUGAACUACUAUGAUGAAUUUAUUAGUCCUCAAAACUAAAAUGGUGGACUUUUAUGCUAGGUUUUUGACCUCAUGUUGUAGCUCAUAGAUACCAAAAUUGAUAUAAAACAAGUUUAAAAUGAUCUUUUUUGGUCUGAACUCAAUUCUAAUAAAACUUAGGACAGACUAAAUUCACUUUUAAGGGUGAAUAUUUUUUUUUUUUGUAAAUAAAUGUCUAACCCCUUCACCCAUGUGCUUCUAACCUUCACAGACUCCAUGAAUUGAUGCCCAUCUCCUAAAUAUUUGGUCACAUGAUCAACUUCUUUUACCAUUUCCAAGCAACAGGGGGUGACUCAAUUUACCCUUUGGCUCAACUUACCCCACUCUCCUGUAUGUGUUUUAUUACUGUAAUUUAUGUCCAAAACUUGAAGGAAUCAUUCUUUAAUAGCCAAACAGAACAACUGUUCAACCUCAAGUUUGCUGCCAAGGAGCUGCAGCGCAAUUCCAAGAAAUGUGACAAGGAAGAAAAGGCAGAAAAAUCAAAAGUGAAGCAGGUUGGCUUUCUUUGUUGUGAAUGUGAAAAUCCUGAUAUUCAGUAGCAAGCUUGGUUACAAAGCAGCUGGACAGGGUAUCCUUUUUAUGAACUACAUUUGAUUUUAGGCUAUCCAGAAAGGUAACAUGGAGGCUGCCAAGAUCCAUGCAGAAAAUGCCAUCCGUCAGAAGCAUCAGUCCAUUAACUUCCUGAGGAUGAGUGCCCGUGUGGAUGCUGUUGCUUCUCGGGUUCAAACUGCUGUCACCAUGAACCAGGUGAAGAGAACAUGUUGCUUUCCACUGUCAGUAUUGUAUGAUCGCAAAAGCAGCAGACUCAGUAUUUCCCAUCUUUACCAACAAAACUGCCUGUUUGAUUUCCAAAGAUCCCCCGUAUUCUAUUAAAAUCAUAAAAUCAAAUUUUUGUUCUGUCAGCAGAUAAUCUGCUCAUUCUCUAAUAGAACCCUGUUUCCAAAAUGUUGCUAUUGUGUUGGAUAAUUUGAAAAAUUACAUGAGCUUUAUAUUUUGAUGGCUUUAGAAAGUUGAGACAGUAGUGAUUUAAGACUGUCCAUGUUAUGAAAUACCAAGGGAAAACACACCGUGGAAUAUCUACUAUAGGACUCUAAACUGACAACAGGUUCACCAUUCGGUAUAAAUACAGUCUUUCUGCUGUUUAUGGUGCAUUCAUGUAGAGUUGAACAGGUCAGAAAUAUUGGCAUCCAAGUUGGUCAAUGUACAUGAACACGGUCAGCUGAGAUGACUCUCACCUCAUGCAGCCACUAAAGGUCAUGAAGAGGAACACCAGUUGUCCUUAAGGACUGCUGUGGCUGGUUAGCAUAUACACCUUAGCAUGUCCAUCUCUCACAGGCUAAACAUCUAAUAAUUUUUCAAAGAUGUUUUUAUAAUUAAUGUGGUACAUAUAUGACAUCUGUCAUAUUACAUGGCUCUCCUUUUUGCUGCUCCCUGCCACAAAAACACUGGAAACGGCAAUCAGCACACAGUUCAAAUCUUUGUAACUGAGACAUUUCACACUCCUCUAUGUAGCAUUAUGUUGUUUGUUGCUGUUACAAUAUUCUAACUUUCCACAUUGAAAACACAUGAACACACUAAAGUUGGAAAAAUGAUCCCAACUCGAGAACUGACAUCAUCUGAGAAGGGUGUUUUGUCUCUCUGUGAUUGCGCCGGUAAGGUGUGCAACGAUUCAAGAACAUACAUCAUCAAAAGAGUUGCAGAAAAAAGGCAGAUGAUUUCAUUGUCUUCAGUACACAAUAUACUUUAAAGAGUCAGAGCAUGAGCUCAAGACGUGUGAAAGGAUCAGUGCUAUGGUAUAAUAAAAGAUAACAAAGGAAGAGAAAGGUGUUGUCGGUGUCAUGUGGCUGACCUUGGCUACAGUCUUGAGAGAGAGAAGAAGAAGAAGAACUUUAUUGAUCCCCGAAGAGAAAUUCAAUUGUCUGUUGUCUCAUGUAAUAUGUCUAUAAAAGUUAUCUAGUAUUUACAUAAGAGUUAUAAAGCCUGAUGGCUGUUGGUACAAAAGAUCUUCUAAAUCUUUCUGUUUUAAAUCUUUCUGUUUUGGGGGGAGACUGACACAAGCCUUUGUAGACCAGGCUGAGGUAGAGAGUUGGAGGUUGUUUCAGAGAAAAAAGGGGAAAAGAUUCUGAAAUCACAUAAAGCCAUUAUCAAUUCUAUAGUGGGAAUCACUGCAUGGGCUUCCAAAAACAUUGUAUGUGAUCAUAAUAUGUUGCUGCAUCCACAAAUGAAAGUUAAACUUAACCAUGCAAAGAAGAAACAGUAUUUCAACCAGAUGCUGAGAUCUUUGUUAUUAAUCUCAUUUCAGACAGGCUGAGGGGAAAAUGAGUCUUGGGAUCUGAUGAGUACAAAAAAAAAACUCUUAUACUCUGAAUUUACGGUAGAUCUGUGUAUCCACAUAAGAUAUUUUUCUGUGCUUGUGCUGAGUCUAUGUGUUGAAAUCAUUUUAAUAUUAGAGAGGUUGCAGAGUGUGAAAUUGUCAUGGUAAUAUGACCUAAGUAGUCUUUUAUAAGGAUUCAGUGAGUACAGGACAUACAAAUAAAGGCUCUGAUUCACCAGCAUCAUUAGAGGGGCUUCAGACUUAAUGCUUAUGGCUUCUCUCUCUGAGCAACUGUUGCUUUCCAUGGUUUUGAUUUGGGCCUCUUUAGGAUGACCCCCCUGACAUAUAAUAGAACAGAGUGUUUUUUUCACAGAAAAAGGUACACAGUGUGAAAUAAUCAUUUAAAGUCUGUAUGCCAUUGAAACACAGUUGCCUUUCAUAUAAAAACAUCAUCACAAUGGUAAACAUCUCCAGCAUAGCAAACUGGACUUCUAAUAAGUUGUUCGUGACAAGUUUAAUAGGUAUUGUGGAAGAGUAUUAGGAUGCAGGGGAGUCAUGAGGACGUGUCAGGUUUAAAAAAAAGUACAAGUGACACCUAGUGGAAGCAGAGGAAUACAGCACCUAAAUGUUUGCCACGCUCCCCUCUCAUCUUAAACACUAACAUCCUGCUUGAACUGAAAACAAAUUAAACUUGUAACAUUAGACAGUUGAGGCUUCAACGUUUUAACAUUUCUAUUUUUGUCAAAGGUGUCUAAAUCCAUGUCUGGAGUGGUGAAGUCUAUGGAUGCUACGCUGAAAAGCAUGAACUUGGAGAAGGUAAAAAAAAUAUCUUGAGACCUUCAACAGACAAGGAAAGAGAGAUUAUGCCACUGAGAUGUUUGGACUGUUAUUUUCUGUAUCUACCUCUCUCUGCAGAUCUCUGCACUGAUGGACAAGUUUGAGAACCAGUUUGAAACUCUUGAUGUGCAAACAGCUCAGAUGGAAGACACCAUGAGUAACACGACCACUUUGACCACACCUCAGGUAAUAAGAAUAGACCUAUGGAAACAAACUGUGCUCCUCUAGGUACACUGGUCAGACUCUCUGUUUGACUAAGUCUUUUGUGUCAAUAUUUAAGAAAUAACAAUUUCUUUGUUGGUCCCUAGAAUGAAGUGGAUUUGCUUAUGCGUGAGAUGGCUGAUGAAGCAGGGUGAGUAUGGCUAAUUAAAAAAACAAACAAACAAGCAAGACAGUACCAGAAAAUCUGGAGCCCAUGAAGGGACAUGGAAAAAUCCUGAGAAACUUUUGAGGGAUCAUACUUUUUUUUUCAUCCAGGUGUAUUGAUCAUUUGAGAAGUACUGAAGGUUCAUGCACAGAUCCAGUCUUUUUGGGCUCAUAACCCAUUACCAGAUCUUUGCCAUAACAAAAGUAACCCCCCCUUUUUUAAUUAUAGUGGAUAGACAAUAAGACACAUCCUUUUUUAUCAGUACAAGAAAUUCUCUGCUGAACAACUCUCAGUGACUGCCAGGUGAGAUUAGACUGUCUAAAAAUUAUAACCCCAAUCUCCCAAUAAACUGGGAUACAGUGUAAAAUGUUGAUGAAAACAAAAUUUCAUGGUUUGCUUAUUAAUUAAACUCUACAUAACAUUAGUAUAACAAGAAUUUGUUAAAUGCUGCUUUAUAAAAAUAUAUUAGCUCUUGUUCAACACGUUUUACAAAAAAGACAGAAAAUCACUCUGACUCUCCACUCCACUCCACAAUCUUCGGUCAUUUCAGAAUAUUGUGCUGUGGAGUAACAGUGUGAAGAUUUUGGAAAGUCAUCACCCACUUUACGUAAAAUCAUUAAGGGAUUCAGAAAAUUUGGAGGAAACUUGGGACAAAGGGGACUAACGCUGGCUAGCCAUGAUCUUCAGGCCCUCUAGAGGCACUGAAUUAAAACCAGACCUGACUCUGUAGUGGAAAUCACUCCAUGGACUCAAAAACUAUCAUCUUUGAUCACAGCUUGUCACUGCAUCUACAAAUACUGAUUAAAACAGUACCAUGCAAAGAGGAAACCAUAUACUGUAUUUACAUGGUACAGAAAAGCAGCUGACUUGUCUAGGCUCAAGCUCAUUGAAUACUGACCGAGAUGAAGUGGGAAACCAUCUUGUUGUCUAAUGAAAGAUGUUUUUUUUUUAAUUUUAAGUCAUUGGCACUGCAUCCUCCUGUUUUUUUUAUGGGAGAGCUUGCAUAUUUCACCAGGACAGUGCCAAACCACUUCUGCAUGGAGUACCACCUUGUGACAUACUGACACAUGUUGGGUGGAUGUAACAGAGAAAAGGAGACCCUGAACUGUUGAGUGGCUGAAAUCCUAAAUCAGACAAGAAUGGGAGAACGUUUUAUUUCAAAACUCCAGAAACUGGUCUCCUUCAUUGUUCUGUAUACAAGAACAGAACUUGUGAAAAUAACAUUCAAAAUAUGAACAAAGACCUCAACGUGCUUCUUUGAGAGUCGGUGAGGCUUAAGAUUAAUGUACCGCCUAAGGAAGGUGUAUUAAGAGUCUUAACUGACUACCCUUAAUAUUUCCCAUUUGGCCAUUUUUGAACAUCUAGUCAGCCAAGCAGAGAUCAUAGUGAAAAUGUUCCUUUGUUUUUGUCUCUUGUUUUAGGUUGGAUCUGAACCUGGAGCUCCCCUCAGGCCAGACUACGUCACUGGCUUCAUCUGUAGCAUCAACAGAGCAGGUGACACUUCCACUUCUAUCUUUGUUCGAUCGCUAUUUUUAGUGUUUUACUUCCCUGAACAAAAGUCACACAUUGUCUGUAUUGUCUCUCGCAGUCUCAUCGGUAAAUAUAAAAUAGUGUCGCCCAAAUUCAAAUUUAAAGCGACAGCCCACUGAAACUGCUCGAAUAAUACCUAAGUGUGAAUUACGACAGAAAUGUAGGUUUAAACACCGACAAGUUCAUCUAGCCUAUCAACAAUUUGCAUCAGAGGAGUUUUGUCAAUUCACUCCUGCAGUUUGUGGAUUCAACAUGUCAGAAAAUAUAACAUCUCUUUAGAAAUACAGUUCCCAAUAUGGACCUUUUUUAUUUUCUCUUUAAAGUGCUCUGACUCUUGUCCCAUUCCCUUAUUCUUAGCUUUAAAUGACAAUCAACAGCUUUAAAAUGGUUUGCUGUGUUGUGUCUCACCUCACUGAGAAGUUAAAGCAAACCGUAAGAGACUCCUGUCAGAAAUUCUACAAAACAGCCUGUUCCUCCUUUUCAAAUCUUGAGUUACUUAGGGGGAAGGAUUUGCCUCAAGCAAUCCUGGGUGGACCUUGAAGACCCCACCCUAGCCUGGAAUUUAAUCUAAACUAAAGUGAUUCUUCUCUUUAUGCAUUAUUCAUUAUUUUUUUUAAGUCAAUAUUAUUAUUUUUUGUUUUUGUUUCUUUGUUUUCAAUCUGUAUAUCCUUGGUACCAUUUUCUGUGAUUGAAAAUCCAAAUAGAAACAGUCCUGCUGCUCAGUGCACUUCUCUGCUGUGGAUCUGUUAGUUGAAAAUGUUGAGAACAAUCAUUUUAUAUCCACAAAUGAUGUAAUCCCUGCUGGUAAGAUGGAACGUCUUGGAGAGAGACAGUGUUAGACAAAGCAGAGCAUUCAGCCUCUUCUUUUUUUUAACCUAAACAAGGACUGUUUGGAUCAAUGUGAUGGACAGCGGAAAAGGUGGAUUAUGUUGCAGGAAGUAUUUAAACUUGAAGAUGUUUGGAUAUGUUUUCCAUUAUGACAACUCACCAGUGGAAUUUAUUGUAACCGCCAUAACUCAAGCUAACCACAGCCGCAGUUUGAAAGGGCAUAACUAAAGACAUUUAAUCCUUUACCUUUCAAGCCAACAGGGGUUGAGUGAUACUCUGAGAAGAAUCACUUUAAGUCCGACUGCUUAAGCUGCCCUAUUGAAAAAAACAUUCUGACUUCAAGCUCUAUCUAAACCAAGGAAGGUUUGGGAUUUUCUAGGAUUAUUGCAAGCUUAUAACCACUAAUACUAUAAUAAAAGAAAGAUCUUUUGGGUCUUAAAACUGAGAUAGAAUUAUUAGUCUCCGAGCUGCGGCUGAAACCGCUAUAUAAUCUGUUUCCUCUUACUGUUUCACCAUUUUGUGUUGUCACCAGGAUGAGCUCUCCCAGAGGCUGUCCAGACUGCGGGACCAGGUGUCAUAGUGAAGUAGAAAAUGACAAGUUCAUAAGGAGGGAGAAGAAGAAGAGAAGCAGGAAGAGACAAGGAGUGAAAAAUGGAGAAUAAACAAAAAAAAAGGUGCCAUGUGCCUGCAAGCUGUGUACCCUCCUUUGUCAUCGAGGUUUAGUUUUAAAGAGGAAUAAAGAAGCUGUCUAACAGCAGGAAAGCUCUGAGAGGUAAAAACAGGACAUUCAAUGUCCUGCUACUAACUGCAUCACAUGCAGACCCUCCAUAAUGAUGUAAUUUGCACACUGGUAUUUAACAUAUAGUCAGCUUAUUGAUGUAAAAAUCUUUAUUUAAAGUGUUGAAACUUGAACAUGAUCCUGAGUUAGUGUCAAAUAGUGACAAUAGCAUCCUGUUGAUUUGCCUAUACCUCACUCUGAAUUGUUUUUACCCUGUAUAAAAUGCAAAGAGCAAUAUAUUUAUGUAACUCGUUAUUUAUUAUGAACUGACAGACUGAAUGAGUAUUGCCUGUGUUGUAACUGUGACAUGUUCAAUGUGCAUGACUGGGGAUGUGGAGACCUCUAGUGUUCCUUGUCUGUUUCUGUUCCUCUAACAAUCUUUGAGUUCAGUCUUGAAACUUAUUUCACUUUUAUAUCGACCAAAAAUAGGGCUCUAUGUAAACGUUUGCUUGGGUAUGCUUUGGAGAAAACUGGUAUUUACAGAUAUUUUGCAUGUAGCAGUUACUACUCCUGUGGCUCAACACUCACUUAUAUGCAGACCGGGUCAAUAAAGGCUUUUACCAUGUUUUACCUGUCCGCUCUACUUGUCAGUG